GGUUUUUAUUACGCGUUUUGUAUUCUCAGUUAUUUAUACCAUAAAUGUUCAGUUUGUAUUUUUGCAUGGAAAAAGUUUGAAAGCAAAUUUCCAAACAGUAAAAAAAACGUUUGUGAAUAAUAAAAUUGUGACCAUUUGAUUCACAAAUACAGGGCUUUGUGAUUUGAUUCGUAUUUUUUAAUAGAGUUUGAACAGAUAUUUGUUGGUUUUUAGUUUAAUUUUACUUUCAGUUAGUUGCAUACAGUUUUUUUUUAAGAAUUGACUGUACUUGUAAGUUAUAUUUACAUUGCCUUGUAUGCAUAGAAUAAAAUAGUGUGUAUUUUUUACAUUUGAUCUAAAUUGUGACGUUUCAGGCUCAAGUCAGACCCCAAUGCCUAUUUCGAGUGCAAAAUAUGUCACAAAAUUUGUUCGUCUUGGGUAAGCUAUAGGAAACAUUCCUAUAGACACAAAGAGAAAACAUACAAAUGUUCCCAAUGUGACAAAAUGUAUCUGUCUUUACGUGAACUCAAAAGGCACGUAAUUAGCCGACACGAAUCAUCUGAGAGAAUAAAUUGUGAGAUUUGCAACGCUUUUCUGAAAAAAAAUUCACUAAAGCGACAUAUGAUACAGCACACUAAAGCAUAUCCUCAAAAUUGCGAUAUUUGUGACAAAGGUUUUGUGUGUAAAGCUGCGGUGAGGAAUCACAAACGAUCGGUUCAUGAAAAAGUACGUCAGAUGUGCGAACAUUGCUCGAAAGUGUUUUCAGAUGAAAAACAAUUUCUAAUACAUGUAGAAACGCAUAAACCUGGAUAUGUUGCUCCUGUUUUUACAUGUCAAGUGUGUUUCAAAGUGUUGCAUGCUGAGGGAUCUUUUAAAAUACACAUGAAAAGGCAUAGAGGCGAACUUGUUAAUUAUGUUUGUGAUACCUGCGGAAAAAGUGUCACGAGUUUACAGAGUUUUAAAAAUCAUAUGAAAUCACACACCGGAGAAAAAACAUUUGUUUGUGAAUUGUGUGGGAAGGGUUUCACUAUCAGAAAAUUGRUAACAAUUCAUAGAAGAGUUCACACCAGGGAGAAACCAUUCAAAUGUAUCGAAUGCGACAAAGCGUUUAGUCAGUGGUGUACCUUGAAUAUCCACAUGAGAUACCACACCGGCGAGAGGCCCUACAAGUGCAUUGUUUGUAGCAAAAAUUUUGUGUCAAAAUCAGCUCUUAAUGUUCACAAAUGCAGGGCUUUAUGAUUUGAUUUGUAUUUUGUAAUAAAGUUUGAGCAGAUA